CCCCUCCCUUCCCGUCCUCCUCCUCCUCCUCCUUCUCCCGGAACCCGCCUCGCUCCUCCCGGCCCGCGCCGCCCCCGCAGGAGGAAGAGGAUGAAGGCCGGCUGCAGCAUCGUGGACAAGCCCGAGGGAGGAGGGGGCUACCACUUCCCGGAGUGGGCGUACAAGACGGAGUCGAGCCCCGGCUCGCGGCAGAUCCAGCUGUGGCACUUCAUCCUGGAGCUGCUGCAGAAGGAGGAGUUCCGGCACGUCAUCGCCUGGCAGCAGGGCGAGUACGGCGAGUUCGUCAUCAAGGACCCCGACGAGGUGGCGCGGCUCUGGGGGCGCCGCAAGUGCAAGCCCCAGAUGAACUACGACAAGCUCAGCCGGGCCCUCAGAUAUUAUUACAACAAGAGGAUCCUGCACAAGACCAAGGGCAAAAGAUUCACCUACAAAUUCAACUUCAACAAACUGGUGAUGCCCAAUUAUCCCUUCAUCAACAUCCGGCCUAACGGCGUGGUCCCGCAGAGCGCGCCGCCGGUGCCCACGGCCUCGUCCCGCUUCCACUUCCCGCCGCUGGAGCCGCACUCGCCGGGCGAGGAGGCGGCGGCGCGCUUCGCGCCGGGCACGCUGCUGCCGCCGCACGCCGAGGCGCUGCCCGACGCCGAGAGGAAGCCGGAGCCCGCCGAGCUGGAGGAGAGCGGGCCGGACUGGCGCCGGGAGCUGCUGGCGCCGGCGCACGCGGCGGCCGGCGGCGCGGCGCCCGCGGGGCCCAAGCGCAAGCCCGAGGUGGUGCUGCCGCUCUUCUCGCGGCCCGGCGUGUUCCCCGAGCACCCGCACAGCCCCUUCGCCGUGUCGCCGCUGCCGGGCCGCCCCGGCGUGCUCAACGUGCCCAUCUCGCCGGCGCUGUCGCUGACGCCCACGCUCUUCUCCUACAGCCCCUCGCCGGGGCUCAGCCCCUUCGCCGCCGCCGGCAGCAGCUGCUUCUCCUUCAACCCCGAGGAGAUGAAGCACUACCUGCACUCGCAGGCCUGCUCCGUCUUCAACUACCACCUGAGCCCGCGGACGUUCCCCCGCUACCCGCUGGUGGUGCCGCCGCUGCAGUGCCCGGUGCCGCUGGAGGAGCCGCCGCAGUUCCCCAUCAAGCUGCAGCCGCCGCCCGCCGGCCGCAAGAACCGCGAGCGCCUGGAGAGCCCCGAGGCCGCCGGCCCGCCCCGCGUCAAGGUGGAGCCCGCGGCGCCCGACCAGGAGCAGCAGCAGCACGAGGAGGAGGAGGAGGAGGAGAAGGUCCCGCGGAAGGAGGAGGAGGAGGAAGAGGAGGAGAAGGCGGCGGUGUUCGCCCGCCCGGCGGCCCCGGCGUGGGCGCCCGGCGCGGCUCAGCCCGGCUCGUCCGGGGAGGAGAGCGCGGAGAAGGCGCCGCGGGAGUGCCCCGGCGAGGCCGGCGGCCAAGAGAGGAGGGAGGACGCCCUGAUGCCCCCCAAGCUGCGGCUGAAGCGCCGCUGGAACGGAGAUUCCCGGCAGGAAGCGCCCGAGGAUUCCCGGCCCAACGGGAUCUGGCACCUGCCCAAAGCCGUGGCCGCCGCCUCCGACACCUAAUCCCGGCCGGAGCGCACAAACCUUGGAGACACCCGGAGCAGCGUCCGUGUAUUUAUGUAGCAAGGUUGCCGAGCAGUUCGGGAUUCAGCGGGGAGGGGGGCGGGCCAGGCCUGGGAAUUUUUAGGGAAUUUCGGGGGUGGGAGAAGGGAGGGGGGCGGGCAGCUUCGGGCUUUGUGUUGUUUCUGUUGUUGACUUGCAGGUGAAGACGCCGCAAUUCCCGCUCGCUUUUCCCGGGAAAAGCCGGCUCCAGCUCCAGGACUGGCACAGAGGAAUUCCAGGCGCGGCCUCGGGGCCGCUCCCGGGCCUUUUGGGACACCGGGAAUCUCGAGAUCCGGGGACGGGGGGGCGGCUUUUUUGGGGUUUUUCGGGGUUUUUUUACGGAUGCGAGGUUUUCCCGGCCAUCCAGGAGCUGGUUUGGUUCUUCUUUUUUUUUUUUUUUGUUUUUUUUUUUUGUUUUUUUUGGGAAAAGGAGGAGCUUGGGAAUUUUGCAUCGGGAAUUUUGCACUGUCCACGGAGCGGGGCUGGGGCGGGGGGGAAAAGGAUUCAGGAAAACUCUCGGAGAAUCGGGAUGGAGGCCGCGUCGUUCCCGGCGGAUUUCCGGGGAAAAUUCCCCUUUUCCCGCCUUUCUUUCUCUCUCUCUCUCUCUCUCUCUCUCUCUCUCUCUCAGAAGCCAUGAGCAAAACUCCAAACUUUUUCAGGGAAUGGGAACGGGAAUAACACAAAAUUAACCGGAUGCCUUUAAUCCUAACGCAUUAAAUAUGUUGGGGUUUGGUUUUUUUUGUUUCUGUGUGCCCGGAGCGGGGAUUUUUUCCCCGCUCCGGAAUCCGUGUGGGUGGAAUUUUUGGGAAUGCUUGGAAGGAGCGCUGGAAUGAUUGUGGUGAGUCCCGGGAAUGCCGGAAUUCCCGGCACCAUUCCCAGAUUUUUGGACCCUCCCCCGCCCUUUUCUCCCCGUUUGACUCAUGCCUUAAAGAAAAGAAAAACAAACCACGUUUGGACUUUUUCUGGGAAUUUUUUCCGGGAGCGCUCGGAUGUCGUGGAUCCUUCCUGGUUUUUGGGGGGAAAUCCCAAACGCCGCCGUUCCCCCGCGCAGCAGCGGAAUUCCGAAGGCUCCGGAUUGGGCUCCCAGCGGGACCGACCCUCGGGAAGCGCCGGGACGGAGCCGGGAGCUGCCCAGGAUUCGCUCUCGGAGCUCGGAUUUUGGGAAUUCCGGGCUGGGGGAGGAAAUUCCCUGCUGGGAUCCCGGGAGCGAUUCCCAAAUUCCCAGCCCGGCCGGGCCUGGGACCCUUGGAAUGUGCAGUUGGGAGGAGCUGGGGUGGAGAAGCCCUGGAUGAUCCCAAAAAAGCGACCGGAGAGGCGCCAGGACGAACUCAGGAAUCACACGAGGGGCCUUUCCCGGAAUUCCCGCAGAUCCCAAAUCCCAGCGCCGGAACCGUCGGGAGAAACAAAAACAAAAAAAGGGGGGAAAAUCCCGGAUUUUUCCCACCCCUCCUCUCCAAUCCUUUGGAAUCAAAAUCCCACGGGAAGAGAAGGAAAAAAAGUUGGAAUUUUUGUGGCUUUAAAAAAGGAUUUUUUGGGAUUGCGAGUUUUUUGGGAAGGGUGGGAAUGUUGGAGUUUCUCGUCACAGCCAUUGCACUGCAAAAAAAAAAAAACAAAAAACAAAACCAAGAUUAAAAGUGGAAAUGAAAAUAAAAAACUUGGGAGAGUUCAGGGAAUUCCGGACUCAGGACGACGGAUCCGGCGCCUCUCGGGAAUUCCAGAAUUCCCAACGGAGCCCAGGAGGAGGAAAAACAAAAAGAAAAAGCAGGAAGAGGAGAAGGAAAAGGUCAAAAAAAACCAAAAACUGAUUUAAAGGAAAAAAAAAUCAACCAGAUCAAAAUUUUAUGAAAAAAAUCUGAAAUUUCAAGGAAAAAUUCCUAAAAUUCCACCGUGCCAAACCAUUGAACAACAAACAAACCCAUGGGAAGUUGGGAAUGGUUGGAAUUCUCUCCUGGACGAAUUUGCCCCGGAGCAUGAUCCCGUUUUUUCCAGCAGUUGUUUUUUUUUUUUCGUUAAUUUUGCUUCUUUUUCGUAGCAAAUCCGUAGGAAAAAUGUUUAAAAAAUCAAAAAGUUAAAAAAAAAAAAAAAAGACUUUUUGAUGGGACAGCCCCAAACAGGGGCAAUUUUUGGGGAGGAAUUUCCCCAAGAAGGAGGAAAAGGAGGAAAAAUCCAACAGCAUUAAUGGGGUUGUCCCGGAUUUUUUUAUUUAUUCCAUAAUUAUGUUGAGGUUUUUUAUUAUUUUAAGCUGUUAUUCCGUUGGUUUCUUUCUUUUUUUUCGCGUCUCAGCAUCCUGGUGGGAUUAAAAAUAAAAACCCAGGAAUUUUCUCUCGGUUGAAAUCAUCAAAACUCCGGAAAAACUUUGGAUUUUCCGGGAAAUACUUUGAUUUUUUAGCGCUUUUUAAACCGAUAUUUACGCUUUUUUUCGGGUUGAAAAAACCCCUUUUUCGAGGGAUUUUGAGGGAUUUGAACUCUCCCCGGUGGGAAUCCGGCAGGAAUCCUUCGGGAAAAUCGAUGGAAUUUGGGGACGGGGAGCGUGGCUUUGUACAUAGGGUGUAAAGUAGAGGGGCAAAAAAAAAAACAAAACAAAAAAAAAAAGACAAAAAAUCCGAAAUUUGUGCCUUUAAAAUUAAAUUCCGAUUUCUAUUAAAAUCAGAUUUAAGAAAGGGUUGCAUAUAUAUAUUAUAUAUAUAUAUGAUGGAAUGCUAGAGAAAUUUAUGGAUAAUAUACAUAUUUUUUUCCAGGGGUAUCCCAUAGCUCCGUAUUUUGUUAUGGAAGUUGAAAAAAAAAAAACACGGAAAAAAGUUAAAAAAAAAAAGCGAAAAAUAAAAGUAUUUUACCUCGAAUUCAGAACGUUAAAUAAAAACCUUUUAACAGA